UAUACUUAUUUAUUUUCAACCAUAGUAGAAUAAUAUAACUUCUCUUUCAAAUGGUUUAAGAAGCCUUCACAAUCUUUUCAGAACUGUUUUCUUUUGUAAUGCUUUACAUUGGUGACUAAUAAUUUGUUCUGUUGGUGCCUAACAUUUAACUUAUUUAUUAACUUAAAUGGCAUUUUGGUGGAAAAUUGGCUAUGGUUAACACACAUGAUACAUUUUUAUAAUAUGGCUUAAGAAACUAUGUUUUAUUUAUCUGCUUGCAAAUUGAUAUUGCAUUAUUAAAAUAAUUAAAUGUGUAUUAUAAUAAAAAUACUCUCAACCAGAAUGCCACAUUAAUACAGUGGGCGAAAAACAGAUUGAUGCUCAUUCAUAAUGAUUCAUCUCUCUUUAAAUAGAAUUCAGAGAUAACGUUUUUGGGACAGUGCUGCAUGGCAGAUAACCACUUUGAGUUUAUAUUCCUCUGCUUGGUUUAGAUUUGGGUCAAAACUGAGAAAGCAACUUCACACAAUGAUGGGGAUGCAGACAGAAACAGAUGGAGGUCCAUCAGGGUCAUGUACUUUACCAUGUUCCUCAGCAGUGUUGGUUUUACGAUUGUCAUCACUUCCAUUUGGCCCUAUCUGAAGAAAAUUGAUGACAGUGCAGAUGCCAGUUUCUUGGGAUGGCUGGUUGCAGCAUAUAGUUUGGGUCAGAUGGUGGCCUCACCCCUCUUUGGAUUAUGGUCCAAUCACAGGCCUCGGCGAGAGCCUUUAGUCUGCUCUAUAUUGAUCAACAUCUCUGCUAACAUUUACUACGCCUAUGUCUACCUGCUUCCCUCACACAACAAAAUUCACAUGCUUUUGUCCCGCACAUUUGUGGGCAUUGGAGCAGGUAAUGUAGCAGUUGUGAGGUCUUAUGUGGCUGGUGCCACUUCCCUGACGGAGAGAACCAGUGCAAUGGCUAACAUGAGCGCCUGUCAAGCUCUCGGCUUUAUCCUUGGCCCAGCUCUUCAGGCUGCUUUGUCAUUCAUCGGAGAGACUGGCGUCAUUGUGAAAUUUAUCCAGCUUCAGGUUAAUAUGUACACUGCUCCAGCGCUGUUGGCGGCCUGCUUCGGGGUCAUUAACAUUCUUCUGGUUAUAUUAGUCUUGAGGGAGCACUGGGUGGAUGACCAUGGAAAUCAUAUCUCUGCAAUUAACUAUACCCCAGAAGAUCGAGUAGAAGUGACUCCUGAGGUGGAAGGUGAUAUUGACCAGUUUGCAGUGUUGACAUCUAACAUCCUUUUCUUCGUUAUUCUCUUCAUUUUUGCUGUGUUCGAAACUAUAUCUACUCCUCUAUCAAUGGACAUGUUUGCAUGGACAAGAAAAGAAGCCGUUUUGUAUAACGGCAUCAUAUUGGCUGCCAUCGGCUUUGAGUCCAUCCUCGUCUUCCUGGUGGUAAAGGUGGUUUCAAAAUGGGUAGGAGAUCGGCCACUGCUGCUCGGAGGCUUGGUGCUCAUAUUUGUAGGGUUCUUUGUCUUGUUGCCAUGGGGAAAUCAAUAUCCUAAAAUACAGUGGACAGGCAUCCAGAAUAACACUACGCCAACAAUAAGAUUGGCACCCACCCAAGCCUCGAACACUUCUCUGGAGCCCACCGGAUGUCUGUCCGAACAGACCUGGUGCUUUUAUACGCCUGUAAUUCAUCUCGCACAGUACAUCACCUCUGACAUCCUGAUCGGAGUGGGCUAUCCGACCUGCAACGUAAUGUCCUACACUCUCUACUCAAAGAUACUGGGCCCCAGACCUCAGGGGGUUUACAUGGGCUGGCUGACAGCAUCAGGAAGUGGUGCGCGGACUCUCGGGCCUGUGUUCGUCUCUCACGUCUACACCCACCUGGGACCCCGAUGGGCCUUCAGUGUCAUAUGUGGCAUUGUACUAGCUGCAGUCGUUCUCCUCAGCGCUAUGUACAAACGACUCAUCGCCUUCUCCAUACGCCAUAGAAGGAUAGAGGAACGAUGUUGAGACUGACAGGUGCCUCCACCAACUACUAAAAGACAGUUCAGUAAAGAUGGAAAACUUUCAUAAUCAUGAAUCAUCGUCUUCCAAGUAAAUGUAAAUAUUUUUACUUUAUGUUCCCUAUAUAUUGAACUAACUGUGAAUUUAACUACUAUUGGAGCAGUAUUGACAGUUGCAGUAUCUAAACAAGCAUGUGUGAACCGCCGUAUAAAACAUGUUUGGCAGCUCCACCAGUUAUGAAGCUUUGCAGAUUAUAAUGCCUAUGCGGUGGUUUAAUCUAAAUCUUUAUGCAUUAUGAUUGUUUUGGUUUUAAUAAUUCUUUUAAAUAACUUGAAUUCUUGUCGUUGUAAAACGUUAACAAAUGUGACCGCUGAUUUAUUUAAAUUUACACUAAUAGGAGAGGCUUGAAGUUUCUUUCUAAAACACUAAGCUUAUGACGUACACUAGAUGCUAAGCAUUCCUUGACUUUGGUGGAAUCCUGAAGAUUAACACAAUCACUGGUAGUUUAUAACAAUAAUACUUUAUUUGAAAUUCACACCAAAUGCUUUGUUUUGAUGUGUUAAAGCACAAAAUGGAUAUUCCUUGAAAAGUGGCAUAAAAUUGUUAAUUUUAAUGUGUUUAAAAACA